AUGUCAAUCAGUACCAAUGGCCAGAAACUGACUGAAGAUGAGAUUGCGUUGUAUGACAGACAGAUACGGCUUUGGGGCAUGGCUGCACAGGCGCGAAUGAGAUCCGCAAGGGUCCUGCUGAUAAAUCUGAGUUCCAUCGGUACUGAAAUUUGCAAGAACAUCGUUCUUAGUGGGUUUGGAUCCCUGACCAUUUUAGAUAGCCAUAAGGCGACUGAAGAAGAUCUUUCAUCUCAAUUCUUUUUAAGUAAAGACAAUGUUGGAUCUUACAGGCUUGAUGCCGCCAAAGAUCGAAUUUUAGAGAUGAAUCCCAGAGUUAAUAUUGUAUUUGAUAUUGAUGAGUUUAGUUCAAAACAGCCAAAUUACUUUAGUAACUUUGAUUUAGUCAUCGGGACUGAGUUGAAGUGCGAUGAGAUGGCCCGAUUAAAUGAAAUAACAAGGAAAUAUAAUAUCCCGCUAUAUAUUGCUGGUUCUAAUGGGUUAUUUGCAUACAUUUUCGUUGAUCUAAUUCAGUUCGAUGCAAAGGAAAAGAAAGUCAAGAGCUUCAAACCCACAGAAGUUGGUAAGGUUUCUCCUAACACCGAAAUAAUUGAUGUUGAAGUUCAAGUAGAUGAAGAGGAAGCCAGUAAAAUCUAUGAGGUCAUCACUACUAGAAAUUACUACAAAACGUUCGGCGACAUGCUCAAAACAGCCACUUUACAAGGAAAACUGAAUCGCCGCCAGAUGAAGAGGCUUUCUAGCGCUGUACCGCUGACGAUAGCAUUGUUCUCAGAAAAACCUUUAAAUAAUUCUGAGGAUCUAAAGUGUGAAGCGCUAUCUGCGUGUCGACAGUUGCAAGUACCCGAGACAGUUUUGAAUGACCAAUACGUUGAACAGUUUUUCAAUCAGGUUGGCGUCGAAUUUACCCCGGUGGCAGCUGUAAUAGGCGGGGCAGUUGCACAGGAUGUGAUAAAUAUUCUUGGAAAAAGGCAAUCUCCAUUAAACAAUCUCGUCAUCUUCGAUGGUAUAACUCUUGACAUGCCUAUAUAUGAGUUUUGA